CUUUGGACGUUAUGAUACGGGUGUCCAUCAACUCUCAGAUUUCUCUCAUAUAUCUCACAAAUACUCGGUAUGGCCCGGGCAGGACUAUUCUAAUCCCAGAAUUAAAGACUUUGUCGAUGUUAAUAAUUGGGCAUCGCCUUUAAUCAGCAAAGAGAAGACAGCCCGUAUGCCAUGGCAUGACGUUUCAAUUGGUUUGAUUGGGAAACCCGCACUUGAUGUGGCUCGUCACUUUAUCCAAAGGUGGAACUUUAUCAAGAAAAUGAAGGCUGAGAAUAAACCUGUGUAUCCAGUGUUGGUCGCGAAAUCUGACGCUCAAAGCGAACGUGAACACCCUACGACGAUAAGAAGAUACACUUCCACAGGAAGGGUGGUUGAUGUGCAUCCGGAUACUGGCACAUGCUCUGUUCAAAUUUUGAGAAGUAGUGCCGCAUGGAGUCAUGGUCUCUCGGAAACAGAACAUUCUAUUCAAAAUGCUUACAUUGAUACGAUCAAGAAUGCAAAACAUUUUAUCUACAUUGAAAAUCAGUUCUUUAUUACCGCAACUAAAGAAUCCGAAGAUUACGCAGUUAAAAAUCUCAUCGGAAAGGCGAUCGUCGAAAGAGUUGUACAAGCUCAUAAGAACAACGAAAAGUUUAGAAUCAUAGUUGCCAUGCCAUUGCUGCCGGCUUUCCCUGCUGAACUUGAUACGCCAGAUGCUGGUACAGUGCGUUUGGUCAUGCACUUCCAAUAUCAAUCUAUCUGUCGUGGCGGACAUUCAAUACUUGAAGAAAUUAAGAAGGCUGGCUGUACCGAUCCACAAAGAUUCAUCGCUUUCUAUGCGCUCCGAAAAUAUGACAGAAUUGAUCAUCAUGCUGUUGAAGAAGGGUUAGGUGUACUCAAGGAUGAACGUAGUGCUCCAAGCUUAGUUGAUGAAGUCACUUCUUCUGAUCCGGUCGAAGCAAAAUCUUUAUUUGAAAUAGAUCCUUCUGGAACUUAUGUUACUGAGGAACUUUAUAUUCACUCAAAACUCUUGAUCGCUGAUGACAGGAUUGUGAUAGUUGGAUCUGCGAAUUUGAAUGAUAGAUCACAGAAUGGUGAUCAUGACUCUGAGAUUGCGGCAAUUAUUGAAGACAAGGAUUAUAUACAAUCAAGGAUGGCCGGCGAAAGG